AUGCAGCUUAACGAUUUCAAAUAUACUGGGUGUCUACUGGCGUUUGCUCUCAUCACAUAUGCUAUCGAAUAUACCUGUCGAAAGCUGCUUUUCUUCUUUCGCCUUGCUCUAGUCUUUGCAUCGUUUGCUGUCAUGACAAAACAAAGGCCAGCCACACAACAGAUAAAACGGUGGCUUGAAACCGCAGGUAUCGAAGAAAUACCACGAAUGGCACUUUUCAAGAACAUACAAAAAGCAGCAACGACGGGACUGCAGGCUGUCACUAUGCUUUUCGAACGAGGUGGUGCGCAGGAUACCAGCAUCAAGCGUGACUAG